UUCAUUUCAUGGGCAACUGUUAGUGUAAGCAAGCAGUGAAGCGAGCUGCCAUGGCCGCCCGCUCCAUCUUCCUCACUAUGGCUCGUAAACUAAGGCGGAGGACGACUGCGAUGCGAUAUUUCUCUACUCCUUCUCCUUCUACAAGCGAAGUUGAAGUUGUAGCAUGUGAUCAAGCAGAUGAGGAGAAGGGUUCUGAUUCUUAUUCAGAAACUACGACGAAUGAUGAUUUGAAGAGUAGAAUAACGAGGCUUAGGCUCCCCAAAAGAAGCGCCACCAAUGUCCUCCAUAGAUGGGUUAGUGAGGGCAACAGGAUUACCAUCUCCGACCUCCGUCAAAUCUCCAAAGACCUUCGUAAAUCUCAGCGCUAUAAGCACGCCCUCGAGAUAUCUGAAUGGAUGGUUGCACAUGACGAGUUUGAACUAUCUGACUCUGACUAUGCUGUCUGCAUUGACUUGAUGACCAAAGUCUUUGGCGUCGAUGCUGCUGAGCGUUACUUUGAAGGUCUUCCUCCCUCUGCAAAAACUUGUGAGACAUAUACUGCUCUUCUUCACUCUUAUGCCGCAUCAAAACUCACAGAGAAGGCUGAGGACCUUUUUGACAGGAUAAAGGAAUCAAACCUUUCUCUGAGUGCACUCACUUACAAUGAGUUGAUGACACUAUACAUGUCAGUUGGGCAACUGGAGAAGAUUCCCUUUAUUGCAGAAGAAAUGAAGCGACAGAAGGUUGCACCGGACGUAUUUACUUAUAAUCUGUUAGUAAGUUCAUCUGCUGCAGGCCUCAACAUUGAUGAGGCGAGACACAUUCUUGAUGAAAUGAGGAUUCAAUCUGGUUUUAGUGAAAGUUGGUUGAGGUAUGUGAACCUUGUAAAGGUUUACAUUAGCUCAGGUCACCUUGUGAACUGUGAUUUCAACUCUCUAGUCGAAAGCGAGAAGGGUAUCACACAGAGAGAAUGGAUAACUUAUGACUUCCUAAUUAUCCUGUAUGGAGGCUUAGGAAACAAAGAUAAACUUGAUCAGAUUUGGAAGUCUUUGAUAUUGACGAAGCAAAAAAUGAUUGGUCGAAACUAUGCGUGCAUAAUUUCAUCCUAUUUGAUUCUUGGGCACUUGAAAGAGGUGAGAGAUAUCAUUGAUCAGUGGAAGCAAUCGACAACUACAGAUUUUGAUAGCACCAUCUGCAACAGAAUUCUUGGGGGUUUUGUGGAAGUUGGGUUGACUGAGAGAGCUGCUACUCUGCAUAUGCUUCUGACAGAAAAGGGGUGUGACAAUUUGAUGGAAUUAUAGUAGACUUCAGCGGCCUUCUACGUUUUUGUGUCAUUUGGCAAUUAGUUUAGGAGCUAGAUGCGGUGCCAAGUAAUAAAUGUACACGCCGAAUUUCUGGACGGAUCUUUACCACUAAUCUGACGUUUUUGUGCUAUUUGACGUUUUUGUACUCUGCAAGUUCGAGGAGUGAGGCACUGGAAAAGCAUUGACGCAUCUGUCUGGGUUAAACCCAUUGUCUGGCAAGUAUUCUUCUACUUUUUGAAGCGAACAAUUUGAACAACUGUUACCAACCUGCCACAUGUAGCACUUAUGUAAUCACAUCAAUGAACGUGUACGUCACUCACUCGUUCAUUCAUCUUUACCGGCAAAGAGACGGCAUAAAAGUGGACAACGGUCCUAGCUUUUCCAAAAUAGACAAGGAAACUCACUACAAAUACAGUUGUCGAAGGGGGAUUAAUCUGCAUCAACUUGCAUCAAGUACGAAUCCUAGCAAUCCUUAUGGACAGUAAUCAUGUAUUCAGGAACUAUAGGUUACAUUUUGUAUUCAGUAAUCAUGUAUUUAAAGUAUACACAAAGAUGUUAUGUUCA